AUGAGUGUCAUCAACGACUGCAUUGGCUCAACGGCAAACUAUUCAAACGCGACUGACAACGAGCCGCAAGGGUUAACUUCCCCCAACAUCAUCCUCGCAAUCAUCUACAGUUUCCUAAGUUUGAUCAUCGUUGUAAGCAACAUUGGAAACCUCUUCGCCUUGCCACACGUUACGGUCGAACUGGGAGCCCACACCGUAUUUUUGUUCCGAGCUCUAGCCGCGGUCGACCUUCUUACCGUCAUCGUCACCGUGAUCAUCACCUUUACGAAUGUAUGUCUUCUGGUAAUCGUCCUCGAUCACAUUCGUCGCAUCAAGAAACAGGUUGACACGCUCAACCAGAAACCCCCCAAGCUACGCAACGUGAAAGGCAUAACUACUCUACUUUUGGUAGUCCUUACUUUUUACCUGUGCUGUGCUCCAGAAUGGGUCUUUGACACCUACAGAAUGGCUAUCGCCAAGCCGGACUGUCACCCGGGAGCUUUCAGCGACUUCUUCAUAGUUCUAUUUCUUGCCAAUAGCUGUAUGAAUUCAUUCAUCUAUCUAUUCACCAUGAAGUCAUUUCGAAAAGCGUUUGUGAGAAGUCUGGGAUGCAGCCGUGUGUUGAGGAGUGGAGAAGUUUCUUUCUUAUAG